AUGACUUUGGCACAGUUUAAAGAGGCAUUUUACAAAAAAUAUUUUCCACAAUGCGUAAGAGAUUGCAAAGUGACGGAAUUUGAACAACUAAAGCAGGGUACUAUGUCAGUAGCGGAGUACGAAGCUAAAUUCACCGAGCUUGCACUGUAUGCACCACAUAUGGUAGAUAUCGAUUACAAGAAAGCUAGAAAAUUCGAAGGUGGACUUGAUGUUGAGGUCCUUGACCGAAUCAAUGUACUUAAGUUAGUAAAAUAUGUUGAUGUUUUGGAUAGAGCCACUAUAGCUGAGGCGAACAUUGCUACACUAAAACAAGCAAAGACACCAGUGACCGAAUGGAAAUAUAAGAGACAGGGAUUCAACUUUAAGAAAGGCCGGAACAACUCCAACAAUUCACAGAACAAGAGGCAGAAUACAGGAUCUUCACAUAGUUCUAGCCAAGGGAAUGAUAUACCCAUUUGCCCGGAGUAUAAGAAAAGACAUAAUGGAAUUUGUCGCAGAAUUUCUUGCACAUGUUUUCGGUGUGGGAAAACAGGUCAUAUGAUCAAGGAUUGUCCACUGGGAUCCCAAAACAUGAGUUGGCCUAUGGCAAGUUCAGUCGCAUCAGCUUCAACAUCAAGGGCUAAUCCGAAAACGACUAUAGGGAAGGAAACUUUGAAACAAGAAUGGGUAUUUGCGUUAGUACCAGGUGAUGUGCAAAAUGCAGAGACAGUUGUGUCAGGUAUUCUUCCUAUCUGUUCCCAAAAUGCAUAUAUGUUGAUUGACUCGGGGUCUACACACUCUUUUGUGUCCUAUGCUUUUGCUCCAAAAUUAACUAGAUCAUUGGAACCAAUGCAUUAUUUGUUGGUUGUAUCUUCUCCAACUGGGAGGUCUAUGACUUGUGCGUAUGUGUAUUCUGCAUGUGAUAUUACUAUUGGGGACAUGACUUUAUAUGUUGAUUUGUUGCCUUUAAAUAUCGCUCAUUUUAAUGUAAUCUUAGAGAUGGAUUGGUUAUCGAAGUAUUGUGCUACUAUUGUGUUUGGCUAA